UUGGACUUGAUGCUGCUGGUAAAACAACAAUUCUGUAUAAGCUGAAGUUGGGCGAGGUCGUCACCACUAUUCCAACAAUUGGUUUCAAUGUGGAGACUCUAGAGUACAAGAAUAUUACCUUCACUGUAUGGGAUGUAGGCGGUCAGGAUAAAAUUCGCCCUUUGUGGAGGCACUACUUCCAAAACACACAGGGUCUGAUUUUCGUUGUGGACAGCAAUGACCAAGAGAGGGUGCAGGAAUCUCUAGAUGAACUGCAAAGAAUGCUGAAUGAAGAUGAGCUGAGAGAUGCAGUGGUGUUAAUAUUUGCAAACAAGCAGGAUUUGCCAAAUGCUAUGUCAGUUGAAGACCUCCGUGCGAAGCUGGAACCACUGACCAUCCGCAGAACUUUGCACAUCCAGCCAACGUGUGCCACUACUGGCAUAGGUCUCUAUGAAGGACUAGAUUGGUUGUCCCAGAAGCUGACCAAUAACUAGAAGAACCAGGUUCAUCCGCUAUCCUGCCUACAUUGGUGUAUCAACUGCUAUGACUUGAACUCAAGGACUUUUAUCAAUGGCUUCCCAACUCUUACGUUCUCUCCUUUUUUUUAUUUUGCUUUAUCUCAUGCUUGUCAACAUGCAGGUGCAUUUUUAAAAUUUAAAUCAGAACUUGGGUAGGAGUGAUCUCCUCAUUCAAUAAUGGAUGGAUGCCCCUUGCCAAGACCAGUUCAAGGACUUUAUAGCACUCUGUAGUCACUCACUAGAUGCUUAUUCGUGAGCAUCAAAGUUCUGAGACCUCUGCAUCCAGCUCCCAACUUAGGACAAUUUGAAUUUCAGAAGUUACUAACAACUGGAUGAACCAUCUGUGCACAGCAUCUUGCUGUUUGUUUAAUCUGCUGAUUAUAGACCAUGGAGUAUUUUAAAUGGUUUCACAGCCAUCAUUUAAACAUGAGGAUUCUAAUGAAGGAAGAGGUUUUUUAAGAUGUAACAUGAUGCUUUCUAAUGCAGUGGAUGCUAAAUCAGAUGGAAGAGCUGUAAUUAAUGACCAUGACUGUUUUCAUACAUUCUCUAGUAGCUUUUAAACUACCAAGUGUAAGAUGACGAGACUCAAGCAAAUCUUCAUUUUUCACAGUGACUCUUAAUAAAUUGCAGCUGACUGGUAACCAAUUUUUUUUCUAUUUACCUUUACUCAUCUUGCACAAAGCUGCUUUAUACCUUCAAGCUUUAAGUGACCACUUAAUUUUCCCUCAACCUUUUGGUGAUUGGUUUAUGUCUCCUCCCCCUAUGAGAGGAUUCCUGCAUUGAUGUUUCUCCCAUCAUUGCCAAAAGGGUCACUCUAAUGAGGUCUGAUUUGAAGUCACUGCUGUGCAGAUCCAGAUAGGAAAUGCCUUUUGAAAGAAUUACAUUACUUUAGAUGACAAGAAUUUAUACAUUUUAUUUUGUAGCAGUGUUUUUUUUUUUCAGUUUAGGAAUAAACUAUCAAGUUACAAAGGGCACUGGUUUGCUGUUUUAAUAUAUCAAGGGUAAAUCAAUUUCCACAACUGUACAAACAAUUUAGUUGUCUUGAAACUUUAAAAAUACUGUAUGCAUGGGGUAUUUACCUUGUCCUGUAUUGUAUUUGUGCUAAUAUUAUGGGGAAUUCUCAACUUCCCCUUGUUACUGUAAUGUAUAUUGCAUUCCUGAUAACUGGUGUUGUUAUUCACAGUAUAUCAGUGAGCUGAAGCAAACAAUAUUGAACGUAACCAAAGGCUUCUUUCUGGAAAAAAUUGAGUCAAACUUAAUAAAGGCCUUUUCAGAAA